ACACAUGCUGUCAGUUGAGAUUCCACUGUCUUGGCUAUUGAGAUAGAAGGAAACAGAAAUUGCAUUACCUGUUGCUAAACAAGUGGUUAAUGUGUUGGUGUAAUUGGUUAAGGUUAAUAUUUGUAUGGUAAACUUUUCUGUCAACAUAUUACUACUUAAUUCAAAUUAAUACCGAGUUGUGUGAAGAGAUAAGUUAACGAGAAAAACAUUAAAAUGAGGUGUGUGACAGUUGGCAGCUGCUUAGUGCUGCUGUCCUUUGCCUGCGUUCGUGUUACCGGAUCAGCCAUUCCAAUGUGGGAAUUCUUGAGCCGUGGUGAGAAGAUGAGCCAUUUGUUCAACAUGUUCGUGAAGCAGGUGCAAGACUACUGUGGUUCUCUCAGCAUGCCUGAUUGCAAUAAGGUGUUGCUGGUUUAUGGGCUCACAAAUCUUGCAAAAAUGGAGGAAGACAGUUUGAACAAGAUGGAUCCCUACCAGAGAGGCGCAACAGACAUUAUCUGGGAAUCUAUGAUGAAAGGCAGCUACAAGACGCCACCAGACACGAAGGAGCCCCUAGAUUACAGCUAUAUUGCUGGAAAUGGUGCAAACCCCAGUAGUGGAGGGAACACAUUGGGAUCCCAAGAGGAAGCGUCAACUAACGUGCAGCAAUUCUUGACUGCUGUUCCCAAUGUGCCCAGCAAAUAUGUCAUUGGCCCAAUGAUAGUCAGAGUCUUACCUGAUGGAAGACCUGUGCCAGGAGAUUCUGAGAGGCCUCUACCUAAAGAUGAAGAUGCUGAGGAAUUCAAGAUCAUGCGAGGUAAUCCAGUUCCAUCAGUCGAAGAACUCUUGAACAGAAAAUCCUACCAACAGAAAUCUCAGCCCUCAACACAACAAUCUGGUUCAGCUUACAGUGGCAGAUACCAGCAGGCAGUCCUACCCAGUACAGAGACACAGCCACAGGCCGUGUACGUGCUGCCACCUAGUCAGUUCAGGACACCUGUUCUGUAAACAUGCCAUGUGGUCUUCAAGAUGUUUUAA